GGAGUCUUCAACAUACCCCACGUUGCCAUGGCUACCCACUUCUCCAAGGACCAGGAGGAGAGAAUCAAGUCUGUUAAGGGGGACCUUUUCUCAUGCCCCCAGACGGACGCGUUGGCUCAUUGCAUCAGCGAGGACUGUCGCAUGGGUGCAGGCAUAGCUGUUCUUUUUAAGAAAAAGUUCGGAGGCGUGCAAGAGCUGUUGGAUCAACAAAAGAAGACUGGGGAAGUUGCAGUUCUCCAGAGAGACGACCGAUACAUUUACUACCUGAUUACAAAGAAGAAGGUUUCUCACAAACCGACAUACGAUACUAUGCGAAAGAGUUUAGAAGCCAUGAAAGCUCACUGCCUAAACAAUGGAGUUACUGACAUUUCCAUGCCUAGGAUUGGUUGUGGUCUUGAUGGCCUGGAUUGGAAUAAAGUUUCAGCAAUACUUGGGGAAGUGUUUGAAGACACGGAUAUAAAGAUCACAGUUUACACUCUGUGA